AUGGACGACGACGACAAGCUGUCGUACCAGUGCCCCGAUCACCAAGCGCUACUCCAAGCUCAGCAGCCCUUCGCUGAGAUCCUAUCCGACACCACCACCACCACCAAUACCAACGUAGCGACCAGCACCUUCACCGUCUCGCCCAUCUUCCCCAAUAAUGCCGUGUCCGCGUUCGGAACCGCUACCUGGCCCUAUGACCCAGUCGAGCUCUCCCUACAUCUCCUUUCUAGGACUCCGUACCACGUCCCCGACAACGUCAGAAGAACCGGACGCGAUGGCCUCACCCUAACCACGGGUGAUCAUGGUCGUGCCAACACCACCUUCUUGGCCGAGCAAGAUAACAACUACACCACCAGCGUGGGACAAUUCCGACGACAGAACGCAGACAAGGCAACCAUGGACAUGCUCAACCAGGCAUUCCGCAAGGGUAUGGAAGAGGCCAACAAGUUCUUGCCCACCACCAACAUGCUCCCCAUCCACUCAGAGGCCAUCUCUGGGUCGUCUAGGGAGCACCUGUCUAGAGACAGACACAGGAUUGCCGAUGGACAAGUGAAGGAGAAGGGGAUUGUUGAUGGGAUCACGUCAUCAUCAAUGUUACAAGAAAGUGGUAGCGAUAGCAUAGCCUGUCGAGAUGGACAGAAAAUGGCGGACUUGAGCAUUAUUGCCGUGAUAGCACCAGAGUCAGAUCAAACCAGGGAAAAGAUAGACAAAUUUGUUUUGAUCAAGUACCAGUCAUUACUCGACAAGAUGAUCGCCGUGGACAUGGAGGCUGAGAAGAAUGCCAACAAGGGCAAAAGGAAGUCCGUAGCGGUCACGAGCAAUGAGCCUGCCGUCGACUUGCGCGCCCUGCUCAUGCAAUGUGCUCAUGCCGUGGCCACAGGAAACCGUCUUGGUGCCACCGAGCUGCUUUACAAGAUCAAGCAACAUUCCUCGCCAAUGGGAGAUGCCACACAAAGGUUGGCACAUUGUUAUGCUCAGGCGCUAGAAGCACGUUUGGAUGGCAUGGGAAGCCAGUUGUACAAUUCACUCAUGGUGAAGCAGCUCACCUCAGCUAAUGAGUUCCUCUUCCUCAAGGCCUAUCAGCUCUGCGUGCCAGCUUCUUGUUUCAAAAUGAUGGCGUUCAUGUUCUCCAACCUAACCAUCCUGAAGGCUGUCGCCGGUAGGGCUAGGAGAAAAAAGGUGCACAUUGUGGAUUAUGGUGAGCAUUAUGGGUUCCAGUGGCCGACCCUGCUUGGCAAUUGGGCAACUUUGCAGGAAGAAGGACGACCACUGGAGGUGAGAAUCACCUGCAUUGUCCUUCCUAAAACCGGGUUCCGUCCGGGAGCUCGAAUUGAGGAGACUGGACGCCGACUCAACAACUUUGCCCGUCGGCGUGGCAUCCCGUUCAAGUUCCGCAGCAUCGUGGCAAAGUGGGAGACGGUAUGUGCUGAUGACCUCAACAUUGAACCUGAUGAGGUACUAAUUGUCAAUGGCCUAGCUGAUUUUGGGAGGCUGAUGGAUGAGAGCGUCCACAACAUAGAUAGCCCAAGCCCUAGGGACAUGGUCCUCAAGAAUAUUCAAAAGAUGCGUCCUGAUGUGUUCAUCCUUUUUAUCGAGAACAGCUCCUACAACACACCCUUCUUCUUAACACGCUUCCGGGAGGCACUGUUCUAUCACUCUGCAGUGUUUGACAUGAUGGAUGCAGUGGCGCCACGGGACAACAACGAUCGCAUAUUGUUUGAGCAGAACCUCCUUGGACGACAUGCUUUUAAUGUCAUCGCCUGUGAGGGCUGGGAUAGAGUGGAGCGGCCCGAGACAUAUAAGCAAUGGCAAGUACGAAACAACCGGGCGGGCCUGAGGCAGCUGCCGUUGGACGCUGAUAUAGUUAAGGCUGUGAGUAACAAGGUCCGCGAGAACUACUCUAGGGAGUUUGUCGUCAAUGUAGAUGAGCAAUGGCUCCUACAAGGCUGGAAGGGACGCCUACUUUAUGCCAUGUCAACAUGGGUUGCAAAUGAUGGUAUCUCAAGUCUUGGCUAG